CCUACCCCAACCCAGCACACCUCACUAGCACUUUUUGUAGUUGAGACAUCUACUUCCGGUUCUCUGCACCCCCUUUUCUUGUCCCUAAAACUUCUGCCUCUCUAGCAGGCAGAAGAAACAGACACUGAGGAAGGAAGUCCUCUGAGAAUUACAAUUUAAGCAGACUUGGGGAGGUGGGAGCCUGAGGAGGGAGGGGCUCCCUUAGACUUCCCACUCAUAAAUAACGUGAAGCAGGCCAGAACCUGGGCACCAAGUUUUCAGGCUUCCGUGCCAGGGGACAGACUGUAGAUUUCCAUUAAAUUUGCCAGGGGUUCUGGGAGCCUUCAGGAGUCAGCACGCAGCCUGCAGCUGUGCCUGUUUGAAACACUGACCCUUCUGUUAGAGGGGAGGCGGGAAUGGAAGAGGGUGGAGCUGAGCACAGCUUUGCCAGAGCCUCGCCCAGGAGAGGGUUUAGGCUUCUCCGCUCUGGCUGCCCCUCCCACUUUUGCCUCUCUCUGGAAAGCCCUAAGUGAUGGCAGCUACAGAGUGAAGACCAAGGCUCUGGAAGUCAGAGUUGGAGGUUCAAUCCUGCGGCACCCAACUGUUCUGGGGGUGGCUUUAAGUUUCUUGGAUUCCAAGAACAAAUCAACCAGCCUUGGAGAUCCUGGCUCUGACUUUCUGAGCAUAGUUGGAGUGGGCUUCUGUCCUUUUCUCUGAUGGACCAACAGCCUUUGUGGUCCUCUCUUCUUGCUCCUGUCUGUUUCUGGAUGCUCUGAGGACUCUUGGGGGAGUUAUUUUCCCAGCAGCCCUUGAAGCUAGAGGAACUUCAGUAGUGGCUACCUCUGACCACCCUGACCCCUUUAUAUCUUAUUUCCUCCUUUUUGGGGGCAUCUGCUCUUUGCAUCCCUGAAGCGGUCGUCUAGUCUGACCAUCUGGGCUGUUCCUGUAAAUGGAGCUAGUCUUUGUGAACUCGACCAAGGCACAGAGGGAGAGAAGGCACAAUGACCAGCUCCCCGUUCCUGGAUCCCUGGCCGUCCAAGGCGGUGUUUAUCCGUGAGCGCCUGGGUCUUGGCCAACGUCCCAAUGACUCCUAUUGCUACAACUCAGCCCCAAACAGCACCGUGCUCCAAGGGGUCACCUUUGGAGGCAUCCCCACUGUCCUGCUCUUAGAUGUCAGUUGCUUUCUGUUUUUAAUCCUGGUGUUUUCCAUCAUAAGGAGAAGAUUCUGGGAUUAUGGCCGCAUAGCCCUGGUGUCAGAAGCAGGCAGUGAGGCCAGGUUCCAGAGACUGUCCUCUUCCUCCUCAGGGCAACAAGACUUUGAAAACGAGCUGGGAUGCUGCCCUUGGCUGACGGCCAUCUUCCGCCUGCAUGACGACCAGAUCCUGGAGUGGUGCGGAGAGGACGCCAUCCACUACCUGUCCUUCCAGAGGCACAUCAUCUGCCUGCUGGUGGUGAUCAGCUUCCUGUCCCUGUGUGUCAUCUUGCCUGUCAACCUCUCAGGAGACUUGCUGGGUAAGGACCCUUACAGCUUUGGGAGGACAACGAUAGCUAACCUGCAGACGGACAAUGACCUCCUCUGGCUGCACACUGUCUUCGGCGUCAUCUACCUCUUCCUUACCGUGGGCUUCAUGUGGCAUCACACACGGUCCAUCAGAUACAAAGAGGAGAGUCUGGUGAGACAAACCUUGUUCAUCACAGGACUCCCCAGAGAAGCCAGAAAGGAGACUGUGGAGAGCCACUUCCGAGAUGCGUAUCCCACGUGUGAGGUGGUGGAUGUCCAGCUGUGCUGCAGCGUGGCUAAGCUGAUCUACCUGUGCAAAGAGAGAAAGAAGACCGAGAAGAGCCUUACCUAUUACACAAACCUGCAGGUGAAGACAGGCCGACGGACCCUCAUCAACCCCAAGCCUUGUGGCCAGUUCUGCUGCUGUGAAGUUCAGGGUUGUGAGCGGGAAGAUGCUAUUUCUUACUACACACGAAUGAAUGACAGCCUGCUGGAGAGGAUCACAGCCGAAGAGAGCCGGGUCCAGGACCAGCCCCUGGGAAUGGCCUUUGUCACCUUCCGUGAGAAGUCCAUGGCUACCUACAUACUGAAAGACUUCAAUGCCUGCAAGUGCCAGGGCCUUCGGUGCAAAGGGGAGCCCCAGCCAUCCUCCUAUAGCAGAGAGCUCUGCGUCUCCAAGUGGACGGUCACUUUUGCCUCCUAUCCUGAGGACAUCUGUUGGAAGAACCUCUCCAUCCAGGGCGUUCGCUGGUGGCUCCAGUGGCUGGGCAUCAACUUCUCUCUGUUUGUGGUGCUGUUUUUCCUGACCACGCCCUCCAUCAUUAUGUCUACCAUGGACAAGUUCAAUGUCACCAAACCCAUCCACGCACUGAAUAACCCCGUCAUCAGCCAGUUCUUCCCCACACUCCUGCUGUGGUCCUUCUCCGCACUGCUUCCGUCCGUUGUCUACUACUCCACGCUGCUGGAGUCCCACUGGACGAAGUCAGGGGAAAACCGGAUCAUGGUGUCGAAGGUCUACAUAUUUUUGAUCUUCAUGGUGCUGAUCCUGCCCUCCCUCGGCCUCACCAGCUUGGAUUUCUUCUUCCGGUGGCUCUUUGACAAAACUUCCUCGGAAACCUCAAUCAGGCUAGAGUGUGUCUUCCUGCCAGACCAGGGUGCCUUCUUUGUGAACUACGUCAUCGCCUCAGCCUUCAUCGGCAGUGGCAUGGAGCUAUUGCGCCUGCCCGGCCUCAUCCUCUAUACCUUCCGCAUGAUCAUGGCCAAGACGGCCGCUGACCGCAGGAAUGUUAAGCAGAACCAGGCCUUUGAAUACGAGUUUGGAGCCAUGUAUGCAUGGAUGCUGUGUGUCUUCACCGUCAUCAUGGCUUACAGCAUCACCUGCCCCAUUAUUGUGCCCUUUGGCCUCAUCUACAUCCUGCUUAAGCACAUGGUGGACCGGCAUAACCUCUACUUCGCUUACCUCCCGGCCAAGCUGGAGAAAAGGAUCCACUUCGCUGCCGUGAACCAGGCCCUGGCCGCCCCCAUCCUUUGCCUCUUCUGGCUCUUCUUUUACUCCUUCCUCCGUCUGGGUCUGACGGCCCCGGCCACGCUCUUCACCUUCCUGGUUGUUCUGCUCACCAUCCUGGCCUGCCUGCUGUACACCUGCUUUGGAUGCUUCAAGCACCUCAGCCCGUGGAACUACAAGACAGAAGAACCAGCUAGUGACAAAGGAAGCGAAGCCGAGGCCCACGUGCCCCCGCCAUUCACACCCUAUGUGCCUCGGAUUCUGAACGGUUUGGCCUCAGAGAAGACAGCACUAUCCCCACAGCAGCAGCAGACCUACGGUGCCAUCCAUAACAUCAGUGGGACUCUUCCUGGGCAGCCUGUGGCUCAAGAUCCUAGUGACACUGAGGCUUAUGCCUACCAGGAAUCCUGAGAGUGGACAAGCUGGUUUGGCAGGCUGGGAGCAUCUAGGAAUACCGAGGGACACAAGGGGCUGUGCCCCAGACAGGCUCUUGAGGGUUUUGCUGUUUAAAAGCCCCAUAUUGUGAGAAGAGGAAACCAGCGGGUCCUGGGGUUCUGGUCCUUGGCUGAGGGUAUCCGGUGGGGCUGCUGUCCCUGGGAGCCAUCUGUAAGGUUUCUUUUCUGGUCCCAGUGUGGGGAACAUUUGUAGCUCCCUCUUGUGGUCAUCUGAGGAUUUGCACUUUUUUCCCCCAUCCACUGCUCAGGAUGCUCUGUAGUGAGCAUGGUGUAUGUCCCUAGUGGUUUGUAGCCAAGAUCGUGUGUUGGGCUUUUGCCUUUAGGGCAAUCAUAUUUGGGGACUUCUGGUUGAUGGGGAGAUGUGUCCAGGAAAGACUUGGUCCCUCUGAGCCCUGGAACACUGCUUAGCCUUUUGCAAGCUGAUGCAUAGCGCAGCAGUUGGGUCUGAGAUGGAGGCCAUGUGGGGCCCUACAGUGCUGUUCAGCCUGCAGUCCCUUUUCAGGGAUCCAUGGAUUAGCUGUAGGGACUGGGGAAUACCUGUUCAGCAGGCUCCUGCCAACUGGCUUUGUAGCUGCCUCUGCUCCUGCUGUGCUUCGGGGUUUUUGUAUCCUGUUGCCUGAGACUGGGCUGUGACUGGGUAAUCCCAGAGCAGGUGGGGACAUGAGAACCAUUAAUAAAGUACCCACUGGGCUGGUGGUGAGGCCACAC